CCCUCCUCACUCUUCCAGCUCCUCCUCCCCCUUUCCCUUCCAGCGCAACGGAAACGCCUGACCCGACGCGCUCCUCUUCCUCCUCCUCUACUCAUCGUCGUCCCCCCUCCCCUCUCGCCGUCUCCUCCCUCGCCCUCACCCGAGCCGUAGCCCUACACCUCCCCGCGGGGAUGGGCGGCGUCACCUCGACGGUCGCGGCCCGCUUCGCCUUCUUCCCGCCCAGCCCGCCGUCCUACGGCAUCGAGCCCCUGCCGCCGCCCGAUGCCGCCGGGGCGACGGCCGGGGAGGCCAAGGGGGAGGAGGGGAGCGUGGUGGUGGAGCUCACGGGGGUGCCGCGGAGGGCCAACGUGGAGGCGCGGCGGCUGCGGACCAAGCGGGGCACGGACGUGGUCGCCGUGUACGCGCGCCAGACCGGCGCCAAGCUCACGCUGCUCUACUCCCACGGCAACGCCGCCGACCUGGGCCAGAUGUACGAGCUCUUCGUCGAGCUCAGCGCGCACCUCAACGUCAACCUCAUGGGCUAUGACUACUCUGGUUAUGGACAAUCUUCUGGAAAGCCCAGUGAGCAAAACACAUAUGCUGAUAUAGAGGCUGUUUACAGAUGUCUCAUAGAAACCUAUGCAGCCUCUGAGGAAAAUAUCAUUCUUUAUGGCCAAUCAGUGGGGAGUGGUCCUACUUUGGAUUUGGCUUCACGUUUGCCUCGUUUGAGAGCAGUUGUUGUACAUAGUCCAAUUUUGUCUGGUUUAAGAGUGAUGUAUCCUGUAAAACAUACAUACUGGUUUGACAUAUAUAAGAACAUCGACAAAAUUCCACUAGUCAGUUGCCCUGUUCUAGUGAUUCAUGGUACAGCUGAUGAGGUUGUCGACUGUUCUCAUGGGAGGGCAUUGUGGGAACUCGCUAAAGUAAAGUACGAGCCUCUAUGGGUUAAAGGAGGAAACCACUGUAAUUUGGAACUGUAUCCAGAAUACAUUAAGCAUCUAAAGAAGUUUGUUGGAGCCAUAGAGAAACUGCCACCCCCAAAUGAUGAAUCCCCAGAGAGCUCAGGUGCAUCGGACCGUACCCAAACAGAGCCCGAAGGUACAGAGGAGCCAAGGAAAAGCGUAGACCAUAGGGAGAAGACAAGGCCAAGCAUAGAUCAUAGAAAGAGCACAGACCGUCGAGAUAAACCAAGAGGCAGUACAGAUAGGAGGGACAAAAGCAGAAAGAGUGUAGAUAAUCCUGACAGACCACGAGCUAGCGUUGAUCAGCCCGAUAGGCCAAGGAAAAGCGUUGACCGCUUUGGAGGGAUGAUGAAGGCUGUGAGGUUGCGCAACAUCGACUGUUUCAAGGUACCGACAACGUCCUCCGGGAGCUGAAGAUAGAUACCAGAAAAGGUCAGUGGUGUUUUGGAGGGCGCCUCGUCUGUAUGUAUUCCAUCUGUGUAAGUUAAUUCAUUUGGGUGAUUGGUUCGGCUGUAGGCGGUAUAUCUCAAUACAGUGGGGGAUUUGUAAUGUUUCUGGUUUUGUGUUCCUUGUGAGAUGAAAUAAUAACUUAACUUGUUUAUAACAUGCUCCUCAAUUUUCUUCUUAGUUAGAUGAGGUUCAGACCCUUUUAGACGGAUUUAGUUGUGGACUGUGAUAGGCUUGGCUCGGUUCGAGCUCGAGCUUGAUCUGAUGUUAUUCCAAGUACGUA